GUCCCUUACUGCAGUCAGCACGACAAGCAACCUACAUAGUUCAGCAUCUCCUCUCAGGAGCCAUCUAUCAACACUCGAGGAUGACUUCCCUCAAGACGAGCAUCUUGCGCCUUCUCCUUUUUGUCUGCUUCUGUGCCUCAGCUUCAUCGGAAUGCGACAGUGACCAGAUCGCCUGCUCCAACGGAGACAGAUGCGUGAGGUAUCAUUACAUCUGCGACAACGAUGACGAUUGCCAGGACAACUCCGACGAAGACGCGGAUUUGUGCUAUGCCUGGAAGAGCUACAACUGUACCAGGGGCCAGACGUCCUGCACGAGGAACGGGGCGACCAGCUGCGUCCCUAUCAUGAGCUAUUGCCUGAUGGACGCCCCCCCUUGCAAAGGAGGCAUCGACAGACGUGUCUGCGAGAUGCUUAGAGGAGGAAUCCUGAGUGAGUUGAGCAACUUUGUCGCGCCAGAUCCUGUCUCAGAAAGCAGCCUGAACAGAUCUGAGCUUCUGGCAGACAAGUUCAGGGAACUGAUCCCCAACACACUCAGUCACGAUGGCUGUCCCCAGAUGUACACCAAGUUGGGAGAGCAGUGUCUCUCCUUGUUCUACCUGGGCAAGAUAAGCUGGUCUGAGUCACGAGAAUUCUGUACCAUGAUCAAAGGCGAAUUGAUCACCUUACCUGACAUAGUUCACUACGCAAAGGUCGUCCAACACCUUCAGCAGUAUGAGAUCACUUCUGAUUUCUGGAUUGGUGGUACGAUGGAGAACGAGGAGCAGGGCUGGACUUGGAAAGACGGCGCCCCCAUUCACAAAGGAUCACCAUUCUGGGCCACAAGGUACAGCUCCGUAUGCGUCAACCGCAAUGUGACGGCAUCCAGGUCGGACCAGGUUUGCUACGAGUAUGAGCAAGCUCCAAAAGCUGUUGGUGUCACAGAACAGUGUCUCAGCCUCUCCUUCGAACACUACUUUCACAUGUUAGAUAGUGACUGCAUGGAGAAGAAGAGCCCACUUUGCGUCUAUAAGGGUGAGAAAGUGGAGUGAAUAGGGUGGAGGCGCCUUUAGAGAGUGGGGUAGCAAGCAGGGUAUUGCGAGGAAAAGGGACCUUUGGUAGAUUGUGUAAGAGUUAGGUGAAUGUCACCUGGCUCAAUAGUUCCAUAAAAAUAGAUCACUUGCGUUAUUAUUGACUGAAUCUUGUAUACUGAACUAGGAGGCAUUGGCAAUACAAGCAAUUGGAGUGUUGUAGAAUGAAUAGGCGUAGUAUAUCUUUUGUAAUACUAUGUAAAAGUUAAAUAAAUUCAUAUGCAUCCAUGUUUGUUUUAAAAUUAAUGACAUGCUUGUAGGUGUGAGGAGACACACACCCACACACGCUCACACACAAACGGGGCGAGACUGGUCUGAGAAUUUGCUCAGGAACUGACCACAUUUUUAACUGUCUGCUUAUCCAUCUUGGCCAUUUGUCAGUAGUAGAGUA